ACAGAACAACAUUCUUUUUAUCAUAAUCUUUUCCUUUUCUUCCCCUUCUUUUUUAGCCUGUUAAGAAGUAAGAAAACCUCUCUUUGAAUCCAAGUUUCCCUCACAUCUGGGUUUGAUUCCUUCCACAUUCACAGUUCUACAUUUCCUCUUCACUCUUCAUUCAACUGAGUUUGCUUUCAUGGGUAGUUGCCAAAUCUUGGAUUUAUAUGCACACUAGUAUUGUUUAAAGAUAGUCAAACCAACUCAUUUCUAUAGAUUACAAUAUUUAAAGCGUAUAUCUUUGAGUUCUACUAGUUUAAUUUCCUUGUUAAAGCCUAUAUUUCCAAGCUACAAGAUCCUCUCUCUCUCUCUUUUUUCUCAAUCUUUUUCUUUCUGAACUUUUUCUCUUUCUUGGGUUUUCCCAUUUCUUGUUGGUCCUGGGUGUUGGGUUAUUGAGUUCUUUUGGUGGGUCUUAUGUGUUGUUCUGAACGAAAGUGACAAUUAGAGAGUGUGUGGAGAAUUCUUGCUGAGAAAAUGAGAUCACAUACUUCAUUGCAACUUCUUUUUGUUGUUAUUCUAGCUCUUUUUGUGACCUGUGAGUCAUUUCCGAAAGAUGAAGAAUCUGGACUUUGCACAGUUCGGGCACUAACAACGUUCAAAGAAGCUAUAUAUGAAGACCCGCUUCUGCUUUUGUCCAAUUGGAACACCCUAGAUGCAGAUCCUUGUGACUGGUCUGGCGUUAUCUGCUCUUUUGCUCGAGACCAAGUUGUAAAGAUUAAUAUAACUAAGUCAUCUAUCAGGGGAUUUCUUCCCCCAGAAUUGGGUCGGAUCACAUACUUGCGAGAACUCAUUUUGCAUGGUAAUAAGUUGAUUGGGUCUAUCCCAAAAGAGCUGGGCAUGUUGAAGAACCUCAAGGUGUUGGAUUUGGGAGUGAAUCAACUAACGGGUCCUAUUCCUCCAGAGAUAGCUAAUCUAAAUGGUGUUAUGAGAAUAAACCUUGAGUCCAAUGGGUUAACAGGGCAUUUGCCCCCUGAACUUGGCAAUUUGAAGUACCUUGAGGAACUUCGGCUGGAUAGGAAUAGACUUCAAGGAACCAUUCCUGCCAGUGGCAAUUCAGAUUUCCCAUCUAAUGUACACGGAAUGUAUGCGUCAAGCACAAACUCAACUGGCUUAUGUCGAGCAACUCAGUUGAAAGUGGCAGAUUUAUCAUAUAACUUCUUUGUCGGGAAUAUACCUAAGUGUUUGAAGUAUCUUCCAAGCACAAGCUUUCAAGGGAACUGCCUUCAAAUCAAAGAUCCUAAACAGCGUUCAGCCGCACUAUGUGGUGGUGCACCACCAGCCAAAGCCCAUCAAACAUUCAACCCUAAGCACCAGCCUACAGAAGAUUUAUCCAACCAUCAUCAGGAGGCAUCAAAACCUUCCUGGCUUUUGGCUCUGGAAAUCAUAACAGGAACCAUGGCGGGGUCUCUUUUUCUUGUUGCUGUUCUGACUGCUUUUCGGAGAUGCAAUAGCAAAUCAUCAAUAAUAAUCCCUUGGAAGAAAUCAGCAAGUCAGAAUGACUAUGCAGCAGUAUAUAUAGAUUCUGAGUUGUUGAAAGAUGUAGUGAGAUUCAGCAGACAAGACCUUGAAGUUGCCUGUGAAGACUUCAGCAACAUUAUUGGCUCUUCUUCAGAAAGUUUGGUCUACAAGGGCACCAUAAAAGGUGGGCCUGAGAUUGCUGUUAUAUCUCUCUGCAUUAAAGAAGAACAUUGGACAGGCUAUCUUGAGCUCUAUUUCCAGAAAGAGGUGGCAGAUUUGGCAAGAUUAAAUCAUGAGAAUACGGGAGGAUUACUGGGCUAUUGUAGAGAGAGCACUCCAUUUACCCGGAUGCUGGUUUUUGAAUAUGCAUCAAAUGGAACAUUGUAUGAGCACCUCCAUUAUGGAGAAGGAGGCCAGUUAUCUUGGACACGACGAAUGAAAAUUGUAAUGGGCAUUGCUCGUGGACUCAAAUAUCUUCACACAGAACUUGAUCCUCCAUUUACCAUUUCAGAUUUAAAUUCUAGUGCUGUAUAUCUCACUGAAGACUUUUCUCCCAAGGUAGUUGAUUUUGAAAGUUGGAAGAGUAUUAUUGCGAGAUCAGAGAAGAACUCGGGCUCCAUAGGCAGCCAAGGUGCCAUUUGUGUACUUCCAAAUUCUCUAGAGGACCGCCAUCUUGAUGUCCAAGGCAAUGUAUAUGCCUUUGGUGUGCUUUUAUUGGAAAUGCUCAGUGGGAGAUCUCCCUACUGCAAGGACAAAGGAUUCUUGGUAGAUUGGGCGAAGGAGUUUCUUGAAUUGCCAGAAGUAAUGUGUUACUUGGUGGAUCCAGAGUUGAAACAUUUCGAAUAUGAGGACCUCAAAAUCAUAUGCGAAGUUGUAAGUCUAUGCAUCCAUCCAGAACCCACAAAGCGGCCAUCGAUGCAAGAAGUAAGCAGCAUGUUGGAGAGCAAAAUUGACACAUCUGUGUCCCUUGAAUUUAAGGCAUCAUCUUUAGCAUGGGCGGAGCUUGCACUAUCAUCAUGAUUGAGUUGGAAGGCAUGAAGCUAACACACUGUACAUCAGAUAUAUACAGUUGUAAGACUCUUUUUUCUUUUAUUAACACGAGUUUUAUUAUGGCCCUUGUAAAUGUUAGCUUGCUUAAAAGAAACAAAGCUUCUUACAUGACAAAGUCUGCUGCCCUUGCAUACCACUGAAUGAAAGAGUAAAGUUAUUAAUCACCAAA